AUGACAUCAGCUAGAAAACCGAAAGCCAAACUUACAGAAGAGGCAUUAGUCGAAUAUAAAGCACAAUUUGACUUAUUAGAUCAAGAUAACACAGGGAAAAUACCUGUUCCAGAAGUAACUUUGCUGAUGCGAAGAGUAGGUUUGAUGCCUUCAAACAUAGAGGUUGAGGAAUUAAUACAAGAAGUUGAUAAAGAGAAGACAGCGCUUAAUGAGGGCAUCACUUUUGACCAGUUUUGUGAAAUAGCAUCAAGAAAAUAUGACGAUGUAUACACAGAGUCAGACAUAAUUGAAGCUUUUCGUACAUUUGACGUGGAAAAUAAUGGCUUUCUGCCAGCUUCUGAACUUCGGCGUGCACUCUGUACAAUGGGUGAAAAUUUGACUGACGAAGAAAUGGAAGCAAUGCUGGACAUAGCCAGAGUUGAUAAUGAUGGAAAUGUUCGUUAUGAGGAAUUUGUCCGCUUCAUUGUAUCCGACUUUUAA